UGGCACGCGAUUGGGAGCGCGAUCAAGGAUGCGCAGGAGAUUGGCAUGCACAAGGACGCACUGGACCCCCAGCCAGCCAGCGACUCGACAGAGGACAUUCUCGAGAACCAGUGGCUCAUCCAACGAAGGCGACGGGUGUACAUGGUGCUCAUGAUGUGGGACGUCCAUUGUGGCGUCGUAUUGGGCCGACCAGGCACCAUACACUGGAAAUCGGCGUCGGCAAAGCCCAGCAUGCCGAUCGACGCGCCCAUACCGAAGGACCGAAGAAAGACACCGGUCGUCUUGCGAGAUGAGGAGCGCGACCCCCCGACGCCCAUCACGAAGCAGCUGCAAUCUUUCAAGCUGCUGAGUCCCCUGACAGAAGUCAUCGAGCUGGAGCAGGAUGGGCCCUGUCCCAAGAACUACGACAAGGUCGACCGCAUCCACCACCUCAUUUUGAGGCUCGCUGAAGAGACGCCUGCCUAUCUGCGACUCAUCAACCCGGACAGGCGCUGGGACAACCAUCCCGACUGCUCCUGGUGGCUCCAAUCCUGCCGAUUUUGGAUCCAUCCACUUCAGCAUUUCAACUUUAUCGCACUCCAUCGACCCUAUGUCUUCAACAGGCAAGAGAGCCGGGCGGUCGCACUGCGCGCCAGCAUCGACACAUUGCAAGCACAGAUGGAGAUGUUCCAGAGCAUGGAUUCCAAGGCGUGGAGGAACUUCCUGCUUUUCUUCGGCAGCUUCGACGCCGUGGUGCUCAUGGCUUCCAUUUACAUUCUCUUCCCCAAGGAGAACGUCGAGCUCGCGAGCACGGCCAUGCAGCAGUUUCACUGGACGCAGGAGCGGUUCGAGGCCAUCGCGGACCGCAACCGGCUGGCCAACUCGGCGCGCGGCGUGCUGCAGGCCAUUUACAAAAAGUUCCGCAAGGUCAUCGAGAGCCAGCUGCCGCCGCGCAGCAGCACGUCGAGCCUCUCGCGGACGCCCGGGUCGACGGCCGACAGCCUGGCCUCGGCGCGCGAAUCGGUCUCGACGGGCCUCACCAACUUUGACACGUCCCCGCCCAUGGACGUGCACGACAUGGACGACAAGCACAUGGUCAUGCCGCCGGCCAGCACGGCCGCCGCCGCCGCCGACGCGGGCUACCCGCCGCCGCCGCCCCAGGUGCCGACGGACUGGUCCAUGCCGGCCAACUUUGACUUUGCCAACAUGGCGCCGCUGUUCCCGAUGAACGACAUCAUCACCCACGACCUCAACAUUGUCGGGGGCGGCAUGGCCUGGAGCCCGCCCUCGGUGCCGGCGCAGCAGAUGGUGCCGGGCGUGUUCGAGGGCGACUUUGGCGGCGACAGCUUCUGGAGCCUGAUGAACCAGUACGAGCCCGCGCCGAUGUGA